UUUCACCGGCUCCAGAGGUUCUCGUAGUUUGUGGUCGCGUGGCUGCCAGGCUACCUUUCUGGGCCAGUGAGUGAACUUAUCCCAAAUGCCAUCAUGAUUUGCUCUCCUAAAUGCUAUGCGAGGGGCGAGUGGGACUGAGGCCCUACACUCCUAGAGCACACAAGUCUCUAUGUACAAGCGUUGGACCCAGGUGCCCAGCCCCCAGUCGGGGGACACAUAGAGUGUGGCGCCCAACGGAGUUCUCAGCCUGGACUGGGGAUCGGAGACUUACUGGAAGAAAAGCCCUUAUUCAUACACAAACCAAAGCGGAGCAGAGCUCAAAACUGUAAGAGAUACAGGCUACCUCACAGGCUUUGCCUUCAGGCAUUUCUCUUCGAUCUUGCUGGCCUUUUUACAGCAACCAUAGUAAUCUAACACACAAUGCUCUUUUCUUAGAACCACCCCAUAUCUUCCCUUGGAUGCUGAACACAGGUCCAGGUGUGUCAUUCAAGAUCUUGCAGAGCCUCUCACCUGCCUCCCAUUCCAGCAUUUGGGUCGUGGGGGCUGGUAGUGAUGGUGGUGGCGGUGCAGGGAUUGUAGUGAUGCCUCACCAACCGUAAGAAAAUAUUUGCAGUUUCCCGACUGACCUCCUGGACUUUCCUCAUGUGGCCUACACUGUCUCCCCACCAGGUCUGUCUUCUGCCUUCAAGCCUCACUACAAACAGUAUUCUCCUGAUUGCCAUCUUCAAUCCCAUUGUUUGGGCAUGUCCAGUUCCCUGUGCUUAAUCCCUAUCCCGUGUUGAUUCCUUCAUUUAUCGAAUCAAAAAUUACUGUCUGAUGUGCCAUAUACUGUUCUGUCUAGAUACAUAGCAGUUCACAAAACAGCCCAAAGUCCCUGUAUCCAUGGAGCACUGCAUUAUGUUUUAUUCUCCAUUUUUGGAUCAGUCUCUUCCUCCAAACUUGGAGUUCCUGGAGGAAGGGGACAAGAUCUGACUCCCCUCUGCGACCCACACCCUGGCAUUUACUUAGACAAAAUGUCAGUUGUCUGAACUGAGUAAAUUACAGCCUCCCAUCACCUUGGCUCACACCAUGUCCCAUGUUCUGCUACAAGGAGUUAGAGGAGAGGUCAGCAAACCCAGUAGCUCUUAUUACCCCUCAGAUCAAGACCCUGGAGUUCUGUACAUUUUUUCAGCACUCGAGAAGGGUAAGAGUUAGCCCCACCUUGUUGCUGCAGCUAGUAACUUGAACUGCAGGUCUCAGGUGACAGCAGCAGCUUCUGCAUCAAUAAUUGAGAGCAGGUCCAGCCUGCCUCAGGGUUCUCUGGUCCCAAGGACUCCCCCUCCUGUCCUAUGCUCUGAUCUUCCCCAAGCAGGAGCCUCCAGCCCAGGUAAGCAGGGCUCUUGAGUGUGGGUUCCCAAGCACACCAGUUCAAACUCACUAUCACUCACCUACUCACAUCCAUUUAUAUACUCUUACUUUCAAUUUUAGUCCCCAUCACCAGGGGCCUCACAAGGGGCAGAACUGGAGGAAAGGGAGGAUGGUCCAGGGCACUCGAGAGGAGAAGGCACUUAUCCCCCAAAGGGGGCCUGGAAGAAGAGGCUCGAGUGGGGGGACUGUGUGCUGUGUCUGUACAUGCUCGUAAAAGGAAUUCUGAGAACAGAAAAGGCGAAUGCAGGGGAGGGGAGACAGGUCUGGAGAGGAGAUAGAGAAUCAAGGAUUCCUCCCACACUCAGGGAAGACCAGAUGGAGGGAUGGGAAGAAAUCUCAUCCUAACACCCUCUGGAGUGUUUUGAUUCCCUUUUACUGAGACAGCACACAGGGUCUGAAGGGGUUUCUGACUACAAAGCUGUGCUCUUUUGCUCCACACUAACGGGUCUGGGAAGAGAAGGCAGAGGGUAGGGAGGGUGGAGGAUAUCUCAGAGGAGGUCUGCAGAAAGCAGUCCAGAAGGGGUGACUACAGAGAUGAGGAGAAACAGGUGGAAGAAGCCAGGUGAAGAUAGGACCAAGGGGUAGAAGUGGGAAGAGUUGGUUUGGGGGUGGGUGCACAACACACACUAGCAUGAAGUACUUGAAAGUAUAUGGGCUUGAAAUUGGACCAAUUCAGAUUCAAAUCCCAGUUCUGCUGUGUGACUCUGGACAAAAGACAGCCUUCCUGAGCUAUGGUUUGUAAAAUAUAGGAAUACAAAUGACAAGCAAUGGUGGGUGUGGGUUUCCCUCCCUGCCUCCCUUCACCCCAGAGCCCUGGUAGGGACCAUGUCCCCCGCCAUUGCACUGGCCUUCCUGCCCCUGGUGGUGACACUGCUGGUGCGAUACCGGCACUACUUCCGACUGCUGGUGCGUAUGGUCUUGCUGCGGAGCCUCCGAGACUGCCUUUCAGGGCUGCGGACUGAGGAGCGGGCCUUCAGCUAUGUGCUCACCCAUGCCCUGCCUGGGGACCCCAGUCACAUCCUCACCACCCUGGACCACUGGAGCAGCCACUGCGAGUACCUGGGCCACAUGGGGCCUGUCAAAGGUCAGAUCCUGAUGCGGCUGGUGGAGGAGAAGGCCCCUGCUUGCGUGCUAGAGCUGGGCACCCACUGCGGGUACUCCACAUUGCUUAUUGCCCGUGCCCUGCCCCCCGGGGGCCGCCUUCUCACCGUGGAGUGGGACCCACGCAUGGCAGCAGUAGCUGAAAAACUCAUCCGCCUGGCUGGCUUCGACGAGCGCACGGUGGAGCUCAUCGUGAGUAGCUCAGAGGAGGUGAUCCCACGCCUACAAACCCAGUACCAGCUGAGUUGGGCAGACAUGGUGCUCCUGGCACACCGGCCCCGAUGUUACCUGCGAGACCUGCAGCUGCUGGAGGCCCAUGCCCUGCUGCCAGCUGGUGCCACUGUGUUGGCUGACCACGUGCUCUUCCCUGGUGCACCUCGCUUCCUGCAGUAUGCCAAGAACUGUGGCCGCUACCGCUGCCGCCUCCACCACACUGGCCUCCCAGACUUCCCUGCCAUCAAGGACGGCAUAGCCCAGCUCACCUAUGCAGGGCCUGGCUGAGGUCCAGGCCCAGGGGUACUUACUGCUACCCCUCCACCCCGCCCCCCAAGCAAGGACCUCAGAACAUCCCCUCCCCCCACUGCUUGUGGCCUGACACAUGCUGAGCUCGGGGGAGGGGGGCGGGGGGGGGGAAGGCUAUCCUCCCACCUUUGCCCUACUCCUGUUCCACACUGAUUCAGGCAUCAAGUUCUGUCAGAUUGCUUGGUCCCACUGGCCCCUCUCCUUCCAAAAAGAGUCAUGGAUUAACAGGCAAGAGUCCUGAGCUCCCAACCCAACUCUAUCACUGAUUUUCUGGGUGACUCCAAAGGAGUCCCUGUGCUGCUCUGAGAUUUAAUCUGCUUUCUUAACACUAAGGAAGCUGGCUGGAAGAGCUCCAGGGGCGUCCCAGCUCUGGGCCUCAGAAAGCCUGCCCUCCCCAGCCCAUGCAGUUCCAGGUGGGAUCAGAGGAAACAGGGAGGCUCUGAAGGAAUAUAUGAGUAUAAGCUGGGCCAGAGAUGGAGCCUGGGCCCAGAG